UUCUCUGCUUCUUUAUUGCAAUACAUAAAUACAAACAGAGAAUCUAUACACAAUACACACGCAUACAGAUAUACAUAUAGAGAGAAACACAAGCUUCCAUUAACCUUUACAAAAGCAAGGAAAUCCCUAGUUGGAUCUUAAAAAGGAGGGUUUUUAUUUCUUCAGUUUCUUCUUUGUGAUCAGAGUUGAGAGAACAUUCAAUUAUGGGGUCUCUUGCAGAGAUAAUCCAGGAGAGAAAAAACAGUAAGCCCCCUGGAAUUCGAGUUUAUGAGUGCAUAACAAAGUCCAAUCUGUCAUACAAGACGUAUCAAGCCAUUGUCUUGAUUGUAACGUUUUUUGCAUAUGCUGCGUAUCAUGCUGCAAGGAAGACAACUAGUGUUGUCAAAACCGCGCUUGAUCCAGAGUCGCCUGGUGGGGGCUCGGACUCCCCAUGGCUGAGAGUUUAUACUCAGAAACCGAUUCAGAACUUGGGGAGUGUACGGGUUCUUGGAAAUGGUUGGUCGCCUUUUGAUGGUUCUGGUGGCACGGCAUUGCUUGGUGAACUUGAUGUGGCUUUCGUUUUUGUGUAUGCGAUGGGAAUGUAUUUCUCGGGACACAUGGGGGAUAGGAUGGAUCUUAGGAUAUUUUUGAGUGUGGGAAUGGUGGGAACUGGUUUAUUCACUGUCCUGUUUGGAAUUGGAUAUUGGGCAAAUAUCCACUUCUUCUAUUACUAUUUGACGGUCCAAAUGCUUGCCGGCUUGUUCCAAUCCACGGGAUGGCCUUCAGUGGUUGCGUUUGUUGGGAAUUGGUUUGGGAAGAAGAAGAGAGGACUUAUAAUGGGAAUCUGGAAUGCCCACACUUCAAUCGGGAACAUUACAGGCUGCUUGGUUGCUUCGGUUUUACUGAAGUUUGGAUGGGGUUGGUCCUUGGUUGUUCCAGGCAUAAUGAUUACCUUCAUGGCCUUGGCAGUGUUCCUUUUCUUGCCAGUUCACCCCGACACUGUCCGAGCUAACAAGGACGAAGAUGAAACGCGAUUCCCUGAAAAGGAAGCCGAGGAAGUGAACGAACCUCUCCUGAAAUCAGAAGGAGAGGAGGAAUCAGCUGUGGGUUUCAUUGAAGCAUGGAAGAUCCCCGGGGUUGCCCCUUUCGCUCUUUGCCUUUUCUUUGCCAAGCUGGUGGCCUAUACAUUCCUCUAUUGGCUUCCUUUCUAUAUUAGCCACACAGCCAUAGAUGGGGUGUACUUGUCGAACGAGGAAUCUGGGAACUUAUCGACGCUGUUUGAUGUGGGAGGGGUGGUGGGUGGGAUCCUAGCAGGCUACAUAUCUGAUCACCUGGAUGCCAGAGCCAUAACAGCAGCAAGCUUCAUGUACUGUGCUAUCCCAGCCCUGUUCUUUUACAGGAGCUAUGGCCACGUCUCCAUGGCCAUGAACAUCGUCCUCAUGUUGAUUGCUGGCGUGUUUGUGAAUGGACCUUACGCGCUGGUCACAACUGCAGUCUCGGCUGACCUGGGAACACACAGCUCGCUGAAAGGCAAUUCCCGGGCACUGGCAACUGUCACUGCAAUCAUUGAUGGAACCGGCUCCAUUGGCGCUGCCAUUGGACCACUGCUCACUGGCUACAUUUCAGCUCGGAGUUGGAAUGGCGUUUUCACGAUGCUGAUGAUCGCAGCACUAAUCGCGGGUUUGCUGCUGACUAGGCUAGUUGUGGCUGAGAUAGCCGCGAAGAUUCAGUACUCGAGGAGCCAAGCAGAGCCAAGGUCAAGGUCUGUAAAUAUGGCAUAAAAGGGUGUACCUGUAAUGCUUUUUGCUGUCUAUUUGGAUAAGUUUCAAGCUUUCUUCUCAGACUCAGAUCACAGAUGAAGAGGUGAGAUUUGACAUCAUAAAUCAAUCUCAGGACAGUAUAGUAUGGUGUGGAAGACAGAAUAGGUGUCUCAGAAGUAUAUUUUUUGAAUCUUUGUGGCAUAAAAUGAUAAAGAGCAUUCCAUCCAGAAGCCUGGAUGAUGGCUGAUUGUAUUAUA